UAAAUUUUCAAAUUUUUUUGAAAAUAUCUCAAAGGCAGACUAAAAUAGUCUGACGCUUAACUCGCUCACGUACACACGCAGAGAGAGAGAGAGAGAGAAUGGAGAGAAGCACACCCGUGAGGAAGACGUCCACAGCGGAUCUGCUCACCUGGCCGGAGGCUGCUCCGUCAAACUCUCCGGCCAAUGUAUACGGCGCUCGCUCUCACCAGCCGUCCGAUAAAAUGAGCAAAGUCCUCCACGGAGAUCAACUCACCGACGAAGAAACUCAGAGCCUAGCGAAAAAGAAGCCAUGUUCUGGGUAUAAAUUAAAAGAAAUUAAUGGUAGUGGUAUAUUUGCUGGAAACGGCGUAGAUGGUGCAUCAGAAUCUGAUGCUGCUAAUCAUAAUAACAGAACAGGGCUGCGUGUUUAUCAGCAAGCAAUGAAUGGAAUCAGUCAAAUUUCAUUCAGUACUGAAGAGAGUCUUUCUCCCAAGAAGCCUACCUCUCUCCCUGAGGUAGCAAAGCAGCGUGAAUUAAGUGGGACAUUGCAAAGUGAGUCAGAUGCAAAGACUAAGAAGCAGACAUCAGGUGCCAAGUCUAAGGAGCUCAGUGGCCACGAUAUCUUUGGCCCUCCUGAAAUUGUGUCUCGGUCAGUGGCUGCUGUGCGCACCUUGGAAUCAAAAGAAAGUAGAGACAUGGGAGAGCCUGCACCUCGAAAUGUACGGACGUCUGUCAAAGUUUCAAAUCCUGCUGGAGGUCAGAGUAAUAUUAUGUUUAGUGAAGAACCAGCUGGCAAGACAUCUAAAAAACUACAUACCCAGAAGUUUGCGGAGCUGACAGGCUAUGGUAUUUUGAAGGGUGAAGUUCCUCCUGGCUCUGCUGAUCAAAAGUAUAUGAGCACGGCUAAACUGAGAGAAAUGAGUGGCAGUAACAUCUUUGCUGAUGGAAAGGCAGAGUCAAGGGACCAUUUUGGUGGUGUCCGCAGGCCCCCUGGUGGUGAGAGCAGCAUUUCCUUGGUUUAAAUUAUGAGGCAAUGGUGUUUUCUUCAUAUCCAUUUGUGAACUUCUGUGUUGACUGAUAAAGCUUCCAUGCUUGAUGAGGAUUAAGAUUAUUGUACGUUUGAGUGUAUGAGUACUGUUUAUAACCCAUAAAUUGUUGGGUUUACCGAAGUCUAGAUAAUUGGGUUAGCUAUCUAUUUACCUAUGAAUUAGGUAAUAAUUUAGAUAACAUUUUAGCCUU